AUGGAUGUAGAACAUGAUGUUAAGAAAAAUGUUACAACUGCCACUUGGUUCUCCAUAGAUGUAUUUAAUACUUGUAUUCGUGCAUUGCCAUAUGAAGAGCCAUACACAUUCAUUUUAUUUGAGAAUUGCACUUACGACGAUCUUGUGCAGAAGGUGUACAAUGAGGAAAUUGAUGCAGUCGUGUGUGAUUCAACAAUUUUGGCCAAUAGAUCUAAGUAUGUUGACUUUACAGCAACUUACACUGACUUGAGUGUAGGAACACUAGCUAGAAUCAAGAAGAAAAACAUAUGGUUCUUCUUGAGGCCGCUGAUGGACAUUUAUCUAUGGCUAGUUGCUAUUGGUUCUCUUAUCUUCAAUGUCUUCAUUGUUUGGGCUAUCGAACGUAUGAAUCCAGAUUCGAAUGGUUCAACAACUCAGCAAAAUGGAAAACUACUAUCCGGCUGGACCUUCCUACUGAUCAUUUUAUUUGCUCAAAAAGACGAGCUUUCAAGGAAUCUGUCAAAAUUUGUAAUGUUCAUCUGGUUCAUUGUGGUGCUUAUCUUGUUCACAGGCUACGAUGCCUUUUUGACUUCACAGUUGACACACAGUCCAUACUACUCAUACCAGGAUUAUGCUCAUGCUUUAUCAGAUGAUAGUGGUGCUGAUGCCAUUGUUGAUGAAAUUCCAUACAUCAAGAUGUUUCUUAGCAGGUACUCUGGUGAUUGUGGCUUGGUCUCCUCUCUACCUAUCACUUCUGGUUUUUGCCUUUGUUCCCCGCUUGUUGAAGACGUGUCAAGAGAAAUCGCCAAGAUAAGGUUAGACGGAACUCUAGGAAGUUUGGAAAACAAGUGGUAUGAGAAUCGAAUAUCUCUUCCUUCCAGAAAUUCUACAAUUCCCCACGCUGUGACGCUUGAUAAAUUUGGUGGUCUAUUUAUUAUUAGUGCGGCCACUUCCACUCUAACCUUUAUGGUCUCUUUAGUUCACCUAAUUCGUAUUAGAUUAAGGCAGUUCCAACGUAUUAUAAAUCAUUUCCGGUGA